AUGGCCACCUCCCUUGCCAACAGCUCCUGUAACCCUUCUCGGCUGGGUCUUUCUCUUGAGGACAAGGGGCAAAAACAGAGCAUGUGGCAUCGAUUAGGGCUCCGACGAUGGCUGGGCCGCGACGAUCGAGACUCAUCCAAACCUGACAAUAUAACCCGCCGUCUCUCGCGCCGCGUCGGUGCCGGUCUUCCUCGUUCUACCAAUUUUACACGUCAAGUUCCUGAAUCUCGCGAUCGCCUGGCGCCUCUGGAACCUGAGCACCGCCGUGCACAUUCCGUCGACCGCCCACUAAGUGCCCAAAGAACCAGGUCUCCACCGCCAAACGUGGAUCCACGACUCUCCGCGCCAGAGGUUCAGUGGCUCGGCCCGCUCGCUACCACGGUCGACGAGGUCCCAAACACCACGAACGAGAAUGAACACGAUAUCCACUGGGAUCCUAGCCCCGACGUGACCCCCGAAGCCCCUGAAGAAGAGUUCCCGGCGCCGGCGCCGGCGCUUGACACACUCGAGAUGGAGUUGGAACGGCGAUGGAUCCUCAAUUUGAGCAUGCAUUUCCGAGAUCGAUCGGAGCGAGAGAAGUUCUUCGUGACAUAUGCGGAAACCCCGACCCGAUGGCGGCGGGUGACGAUCUCGUGUGAUUACCGAGACGCGCCACCCGAUUCACUCGAGCGGGAUCUAAAGGAGCUGCGAUUUCAGCGUGACAAGUGCGCCCGUAUUUACGAGUCGAUCCGUGAAUCCCUUCCCGAGAUUCAAUUCUACGAUACCGUGACGAAUUUGAAAGUCGAAACACGCGAUGGCCGCCUACACGUUCAUGUCACAGAGGACGUUCGGCUGGGUGGAAAAGCCUUUAUCAAGAAGGAAAUCCCGGGUCCUGAUACUGUUGAUGAGUUUCUUUAUGAGAUCAAUGCCCUCCAUGCUCUCAAUGGCGCGCCCAAUGUCAUCAGCGUGGAAGGGAUUGUGGUAGACGAGCGGCAGGAGAAAGUCAAGGGAUUGUUGAUCAGCUAUGCCGAGCAAGGUGCACUAGUUGACAUCUUGUACGAGCAGCGAUUGUGCGAGAUCCACGAGUCGGGCUACGUCCAAGGGGAUUUCACUCUCUCGAACAUCGUGGUGGAUGCAGAUGACAACGCUUCCAUCAUCGACAUCAAUCGCAGAGGCUGCCCGGUGGGCUGGGAACCACCGGAGAUUGCCGCCAAGAUUGAAAGCAAUCAGCGCAUCUCUAUGUAUAUUGGAGUCAAGACGGACCUUUAUCAGCUCGGAAUGACGUUGUGGGCUUUGGCUAUGGAGGAGGACGAGCCAGAAAGACAACACCGGCCUCUGCUUCUGGGUGAUAUGGACGUGCCUGAUUAUUACCGACGAAUUGUUGAUAUCUGCCUCAGCCCGACUCCACGAAAUCGACUGUCUGCGAAGGAACUCCUUUCAUUUUUCCCUCCGGAUCUUCUUUCGAGACAAAUGUACCCGGUGAAUCGCAUCCGAGAAUUGCCCUACAGCAACCUCCCACCUCUUGUUACAAAAAACGGCAGGAUCAGUCCUCCAAUUGUAAGAGAGACUCCCGAUCACAUUACUUCCAAGGACUCGCCCGAAGAGUGCACAAAUGCACAUCGCGACCCUUCACCUCACCACUAUUACGCCGACCAUGAUCAAGCUGAGCGAUCCACCCCGACGCUUGCAGGAUCCAAUCAUGGAGUCAAUUUUUCUUCCGGGCAUUCUUCAACCUCCACUUUGAACCACGAGCCUCACGACAGGGUUGGAUGUUGGGACUCUCCCGGGUCUUCAGAUGAUCUCACGCCUGCAGUACCGAUGGAAAGCACAGUGCACAAUGCCGUGCCACCUGUAUGGGCAAAUAUGAUAGGCAAUGGUCCCGUAACUAACGAAACCGAGGAGCCGGCCGUCUCGGAAGAGUUUGUCAGGUUCGACAAGAGUGAAGCUGAAGAUGCGCCGUAUUCUAUCAGCCACCAUGUACCACCUGCGCCUGCAUCUGAGCAACCCUCAAUCGACUCGUCUAGCCCGCCUCGAUACAGCGAAUCGAUGUUCAAGAUAUCCGUUGUGGAGGAAAGAGCUCCUGAACACAUCAAAGAGACUGCCCUGGCUGAGCCACAGACAACCUUAUCUUCACCUUCACCUUCACCUGCUCAGUCAUCGUCAUCCCUCCUCCUCUCAAUGCUUCCAAUCAACCCCGCCUUCAAUACCUCGCGGCCUAACUCUUAUCCUGGUGCAAAGGACGCCCAGCCAUCUUCGGAACGCCCUAAAUCUAGCCACUCCAGACUCUCCUCCUUCCUUUCCGAGUCUCUUCUACCAAUCAACCCUGCUUUUCUCUCUCGGUCCAGACCUGUCUCCGUGGAUGCGAAGAAAGAUAUCUCAUUUUCGGACCGGCCCAAGUCAAAUCAUGCCAGACUCACUUCCUUCCUCACCGAGUCUCUUCUGCCUAUCAAUCCCGCCUUUAGAGAGCGAUUCUCCCGUCGCAACUAA